CGCAACUUUUGGUUGGGUCCGUUUUGAGUUUCGGUUGGUGUGUGUUUGUUCAUUGGGUUAUCGGGUUUUGGAAAUUAUUGUGUUUUUUCAGAGGUUGCUUUUUGGUGGGAGCAUCAACGACAGGUUAACGGGCAGCCAAAAACACAUUUACUGGCGGUAACUCACCAUGAACUUUGAUUCAACCCUUCAACGCAUUCCGACGGGAGGUUCAAAUGAGUAUCGGCCAGCACCUGCACGACACAUGACAUGGAGGUCUAGACUGACACCCAAGGAUCCCUGGGCGAAGGGUGCUGUAAUUUGGGCGACAUCCCAGCUACUCGUCAUUGUGAUACUAGAAGCCGCCAUAGCCAAAAUUCACGGGGACUACCGCUCAGAGCUCGAAGCGCUCAACGAUCCUGCCGUGGAUCAAAGUGUUGUGCCAAACGCAAGAGCAAUAACAAUCUAUCAUGCACUUUUUAUUGUCGCGCAGGCGUUUCAGUGGGUAUUGGCGGCCGAUGCGGUCCUUACCUCUUCCAUGAUCCAACUUGUUUCGACAACACUUUACAACACUGCGCUGUUUGCAUACUCUAUCGUGCAAUUUAAACAAGCCAAAGAUAUUGCUGACCAAGUCACACAACUGGGGCUGCCUAACUUGCCCAAACCUCAUCCCACAAAAACACCAGAAUUUAUCGUCAUUGUCGCUAUGGCAAUCUUUGCAGCGGGCUGGAUGGUCAUCUCUCAACGGCUGUACCGUGUGUUCGGAUGGAGUAUUUUCAAAGAGCUUGGAGCAGAUAUUGCCGUUCGAAACCGACUAAAGUUGUACCAUAUUUAUAUGAUGCUCCUCAAGCUUGAUGUCUUUUUCUUCCUCGGAUUUGAUAUACAGUUCCUCCUUCUUGUUCUGCUGAACGAUGGAGACGUUUCCUCGAGGUGGACACAUGGAUUGAUAGCAAUACCAUUUACCUUGAUUCUCUUGGUCAUUGCGUACUUUGCGAUUCGUAAAGAGAGCAACAUUUUAAUGACGCUGACACUGUUGGGAUUAUCUGGGGGGAUUGGGUACUUGAUUGCCAAGCUGGUCGAUGUCAUGAAGAAAGGGGAUACGCCAAAGUAUUCUGGCAGUCGAAACUCUUUGACAUUCUUUGAGUCUAUCACCUUGGCACUAUCCGUAGCGACAUUUGUAGUUGCUAUUAUGAAUUUUAGAAAUUUUGGGAAGGGGUUGAAAGAGCAAUUGGAAAGAGCGCGCGGCCAAAAUAUGGAGCUGGACGACAUACAACGGCCGCCGAAAGACAAUCGCUGGACUCUUGAUUAGAUCUAAACCUAGAUAUAUGGUGUUAGAUAGUUUCUUGUUUGUAUUUAGGUCGUCCUAUUCUUAUGCUUUUUUUAGUUUUUGCAAUUUAUUGACAUGACAUGCAAAAAUCGCUCUAUGACUGUCUGGAA